AUGUAUUGGCCCAUUGGAACACCACACAUCCAUGCUACUAGCAGCAGUCGAGCUCCAGCUUUCAAGCUUGUCGUCUCUCAUGAUGGCCUCACAAGCCCCUCCGACUCUAGUCUAACACCAUCGCCUGGUCCUUCGAGUACUCAGCCCCGCGAUCACGCCCUCGAUGGCCUCGACUCUCCACCACUACCAACACCGAUAACGCCAGGAAUUCGACCUGUUGAGCAUGACGAUUAUGCGACAAUUCAACCUCCACGAGCUUCAGAGAGCACCGAAACGGGAGGCAUCCCUAUCAAAGACCCCAUAUUGGCCCUGCGAGUUUCGCGCUCCGGCAACUUGUUCGCUGUUAUCACAGCCACUUCCAUAACGAUCUGGCAGUCCAAACCUGCUGUCAUUCUCGCUGUGGUUGUCCGAUCAGAAUACUCGCUGGAAACUUAUGGCAGAAAUGUUGACCUUUUACUAAGGCCAGAUGCCGCCAUUCUUGUUAUACAUACCGAUCAAGGAUAUCUUAUCACUUACUCCUUGGCUACCGAUUCCGAUUCGCGCGUAUACAAACCGCAUUUUGCGAAUUACAGCAAUGUUCAACGGCGGAGACAGAGCCUAAUCGGAGGCCUCACUGGAUUACCCCCGGAUCAGAUCUUAUGGGGCGCUGGCGAAGGGCCAGGGGUUCGCGACCUGAGUGUACGGUUCAGAAUGGUUAUCAAGGUUGACGCCGGAAUCGAAAGCGCACUGGCACUCGACGACGAGCUUAUGGUUUCAACAACGAAACCUGCUGCCGUUCAAUGCAUACGAUGGACUCCGGAUAGCACCGGCUCACAAACAAGAACCGAGAUAAUCAGUCGCAUGGGAUGGGUUGAGAAGAAGGCGACCAUUGUUGAGAUGACGCAUGAUCGCCCCAUGAACCUAUUAACGUGGAUCACCAGUAGUGGGCGAGCAUAUGCGGUUCAGCGUUACAAUCAUCGAGCAGAGAACAGUCAGCCUGAUGAUGCGGAUGCUAAACGACUUUUCAAGGGCCACUGUUUCCAUACCCCACAAGGUGAAAAUGACCGUGCUGUUACGGCUGUCAUAAAUGCACGAUUCUCUCUAAUUGCCGUUGGUUGUUGCGAUGGCACUGUGCAGGUUUACUCCGUACGUGAUUACGCUGGCAACAUCCCUCAUUCACAUACACACCAGGUUCCUGUAUCGACGGCAUCCUCUGGAGCUUUUACAAGUUUGACUUACUCCCCCGAUGGGUACUGCCUUUUUGCCGGCUUUCAGAAAGGCUGGUCAACUUGGAGCAUGUUUGGCAAACUUGGAAGCCAUAGUUUUGGAUCUGAAGAGACGAUGUCGCGUGCGAAUGGGGAGGAAUGGCUAUCUGGGAUUGCUUGUGCUACGUGGGUAGGGGGUGGCUCCGAAAUCCUAAUGACAGGGCGCAAGCAUGAAGCGAUAUGGACUCUCGAGAUGGCAAAGAAUGCCGUUACCGGAUGCUACAACGAAGCAAAUGUUUUCCGGACAGUGCUACAGACCCCUUCGAGUGUGAUGGUCUAUAGAGGUUACGACGUUCCAGACCUCACCAGCAUUUCAGCAGAGCCUUUCCUAUGGCAUACAGCAAACGUUCCCCCGACAUAUCUCUUGAAUCAGUGGCCAAUACGGCAAACUGUCAUCUCCCCGGAUGGUCGUUAUGUUGCUGUGGCUGGCCGCCGCGGACUUGCUCAUUACAGUGUCAAUAGCGGCCGUUGGAAGACGUUCACUAAUGAAACUAUGGAGAACGAAUUCCAAGUCAGGGGCGGCAUGUGUUGGCACCAACACAUUCUUGUUGCUGCAGUAGAGGCCAACCGAAGAUUUGAGUUACGAUUGUUCUCACGCGAAACAGCCCUUGAUUCGACGCAGAUUCUUCACACCCAGUCGAUCCCAGCUCCUGUGGUACUUGUCACAACCUCUGGCGAGGACUCGCUUCUCGUUUAUACAUACGAAAACCUGCUAUAUCAUUUUAUAUUUACACCCCACGGUGGAUCGAUACGGCUUAUACAAGUGGGCCAGAUUGCGUUCCAUGGCAUUGUCAGAUCUCCGGCUCGAGUUCGAGGGUUGAGUUGGAUCUUGCCGGACACGCAGUUGACAGAUGGCGACCCUUCUCAAGAUGUAGCAGUUGCUUCGGUGAUCUUCCUUGUUGACGGAAAGCUGGUCUUACUACGACCGUCGCUGAAUGAAGAAGGGCAGCUGAAGUACGAUAUGCGUGUUAUUGCACAAAACGUGGAGUACCACGCCAGUGUCAGAGAUCAGCCAUUGCGAAAUGCAAGCCAGCAGUUGGAGGAUAGUCCUCUGCGAAACGGGCCACCAGCAUUGAAAGAUUCCCUCUGGGUAUUCGAUGGGAUGGAGCUCAAGGCUUGGCCAGACAUUAAUGAAGUACUUGAUGCAACUGGGGAGACCGGCAAAGAAGCACCGUCGCCGGUGUCAAUCCCUGUCGACUUUUACCCCCUUUCAAUUCUCUUGGAAAAAGGAAUUGUGUUGGGGGUCGAGUCAGACCUUGUCCAACGUCGUGAUGUGAACUUUUCUUACUUCCACUUCGCAAUUAGGACACAUCUUAUACUGCCAGAUUUACUUCGGUUCUACUUGAGGCACAGCCGAUCAGUUGAAGCCUCAAACUUGGCUCAUCAGUAUAAGGAACUUGAGUAUUUUGCACAUGGCCUUGAGAUAUUAUUACAUCGUGUAUUGGAUGAGGAGGUUGACACGUCCCCUGAACCUGUUGAUGCUGUACUACCUCGUGUGCUAUCCCUCUUGUCUUCAUUCAAGGAGUAUCUUGAUAUUGUGCUACAGUGCACGCGUAAGACUGAGGUUCGCCAAUGGAAGACGCUCUUUGCGUACCUCCCACAGUCACAAGAAUUAUUCGAAGAGUCCCUGCAGAGAGGGUCGCUGAAGACGGCAGGGGGUUACCUCAUUAUAUUGCACACGCUGGAUGAAUUAGGAUCUUCCACCGAACAGUCGGUGCGACUACUAUCCCGUGCCAUGCGAGAAGGUGAUUGGGAACUAUGCAAGGAGCUUGCACGUUUCUUGGCAGCCAUGGAUGAGACGGGUGAAACGUUACAGGAAGCCAUGAAGAUGGUGGAGGUGGCACUCAAGCAAGAUUCGAGGCAGGAUAGUAUAGGAGCUCGGCUUCAGAUUCCACCGUCGCGAGCAACAAACGGAGGAGGGAGUGGCUUGACAAGUGGUGAUGAGGAUGGAACCUCUGAGUCAGAUAGACGGUCUGGCAGCGAUGGAGGUAGUGUCGCUUCGACGAUCAGCGCCAAUUAA